GGGCACUGUCAUGUGUAGUUGCCAUAUGGGGCACUCGUGUGUAGUUGCCAUAUGGGGGUACUGUCAUGUGUAGUUGCCAUAUGGAGCACUGUCAUGUGUAGUUGCCAUAUGGAGCACUGUCGUGUGUAGUUGCCAUAUGGAGCACUGUCAUGUGUAGUUGCCAUAUGGGGCACUCGUGUGUAGUUGCCAUAUGGGGGUACUGUCAUGUGUAGUUGCCAUAUGGAGCACUGUCAUGUGUAGUUGCCAUAUGGGGCACUGUCAUGUGUAGUUGCCAUAUGGGGCACUCGUGUGUAGUUGCCAUAUGGGGGUACUGUCAUGUGUAGUUGCCAUAUGGAGCACUGUCAUGUGUAGUUGCCAUAUGGGGCACUGUCAUGUGUAGUUACCAUAUGGGGCACUGUCAUGUGUAGUUGCCAUAUGGAGCACUGUCAUGUGUAGUUGCCAUAUGGGGGCACUCGUGUGUAGUUGCCAUAAGGGGGUACUGUCAUGUGUAGUUGCCAUAUGGGGCACUGUCAUGUGUAGUUGCCAUAUCAGACACUGACAUAUGUAGUUGCCAUAUGGGGCACUCGUAUGUAGUUACCAUAUUGGACACCAUCAUGUAUACUUGCCAUAUUGGGCACUGACAUGUAUACUUGCCGUAUUGGGCACCGUCGUAUGUACUUGCCGUAUUGGGCACCGUCGUAUUUGUAUGAACAAGAGUUGUUUCAUUCUUGAAAAGCCACCAGCACUCAGUGUUUUGGGCAGGUCCUUAAUCCUAAUUUUCCAAGGAAUACGACCCGCCAAAUCGUUUAACACAUUCACUACUGGGUGAACAGUGGUUAAAGAUUGGCGCCCAGUCAAUCCUCCCCGGCCAGGAGACGAACUCAGGACAUAGCACUCGCGAAGGGCUGGCUGAAUAACAAAUAAAGAAGAUGGAUGCAAUGUUGUGCAUGCAGGAAAUGAUGAGGAACAGAGAGGGAGGACAGCCAUCACUCUUCCAUGAACUUUAUGAAGCCAAGGAUCAGGGAGCACAAGUAAUGUUUUCCAAAUUUGUGGCUCCCACGAUUGAAGACUUUGCAUGCACUAAAACUAUUUAUUACCCCAUCAGAGGACGAAUAAAUGUGAUUUCUGCAAUGAAGGAGUAUUCGAACAAAUCACUGGAAGAACUUCGACAUGAAUAUUACCAGGUGACACCAAGCAGCAGGAAGGAAUCGUGCUGUGUGGGUGGAUUAUUUGAACCUAUGGAAGAACUAGUUCCUGAACAUUACCAUGGGAAACCCAUCGUUAAUGUGUCAGCGGUAGAAAUGCCAUGCAAUCCAGCAUCACGGACGAGAUUCAUUGGAUUAUAUCCAGGACAGGAUGUGACCAGUGGCACAUACAGUUUGGCUAACAAGGCACCUUUUGGCUUUGCCACAGAAUGUAGUUCAUCGACUAUUUCUCCCUCUGUAUCAAAAUGUGGGGCAUCAGCAGUGUUUGGAUCUAUGUUCGCUGGUACAGCAAUACAUAGCCUUGUUACCUCACCAAUUUUUGCAGCAGGCAUGCUCAACCACCCAGUUACCCCAGUUUUUAGUACAGUUACUUCGUGGGGACAUGUAUCACCAGUCUUCAGCACAGUCACUUCUGGGAGUCAUGUAUCACCAGUCUUCAACACAGUCAAUGCUAGGGGUCAUGUAUCACCAGCCAGCACAGUCACUUCUGGGAGUCAUGUAUCACCAGUCUUCAGCACAGUCACUUCUGGGAGUCAUGUAUCACCAGUCUUCAACACAGUCAAUGCUAGGGGUCAUGUAUCACCAGCCAGCACAGUCACUGCUGGGAGUCAUGUAUCACCAGUCUUCAGCACAGUCACUGCUGGGAGUCAUGUAUCACCAGCCAGCACAGUCACUUCUGGGAGUCAUGUAUCACCAGUCAGCACAGUCACUGCUGGGAGUUAUGUACCACCAGCCAGCACAGUCACUGCUGGGAGUCGUGUAUCACCAGUCAACUCAGUCACUGCUGGAAGUCAUGUAUUGCCAGUCUUCAGCACGGUCACUUCUGGGAGUCAUGUAUCACCAGUCUUCAACACAGUCAAUGUUAGGGGUCAUGUAUCACCAGCCAGCACAGUCACUGCUGGGAGUCAUGUAUCACCAGUCUUCAGCACAGUCACUGCUGGGAGUCAUGUAUCACCAGCCAGCACAGUAACUGCUGGGAGUCAUGUAUCACCAGUCUUCAACACAGUCACUGCUGGGAGUCGUGUAUCACCAGUCAGCACAGUCACUGCUGGAAGUCAUGUAUCACCAGUCUUCAACACAGUCACUGCUGGGAGUCAUGUAUCACCAGCCAGCACAGUCACUGCUGGGAGUCAUGUAUCACCAGUCUUCAACACAGUCAAUGUUAGGGGUCAUGUAUCACCAGCUAGCACAGUCACUGCUGGGAGUCAUGUAUCACCAGUCUUCAGCACAGUCACUGCUGGGAGUCAUGUAUCACCAGCCAGCACAGUAACUGCUGGGAGUCAUGUAUCACCAGUCUUCAACACAGUCACUGCUGGGAGUCGUGUAUCACCAGUCAGCACAGUCACUGCUGGGAGUCAUGUAUCACCAGUCUUCAACACAGUCACUGCUGAGAGUCAUGUAUCACCAGCCAGCACAUUCACUGCUGGGAGUCAUGUAUCACCAGCCAGCACAGUCACUGCUGGGAGUCAUGUAUCACCAGCCAGCACAGUCACUGCUGGGAGUCAUGUAUCACCAAUCUUCAGCACAGUCACUGCUGGGAGUCAUGUAUCACCAGUCUUCAGCACAGUCACUUCUGGGAGUCAUGUAUCACCAGUCAGCACAGUCACUGCUGGGAGUUAUGUACCACCAGCCAGCACAGUCACUGCUGGGAGUCGUGUAUCACCAGUCAACUCAGUCACUGCUGGAAGUCAUGUAUUGCCAGUCUUCAGCACGGUCACUGCUGGGAGUCAUGUAUCACCAGCCAGCACAGUCACUGCUGGGAGUCAUGUAUCACCAACCAGCACAGUCACUUCUGGGUGUCAUGUAUCACCAGUCAACUCAGUUACUUCUGGGAGUCAUGUCUCACCAACCAGCACAGUUACUUCUCAGAGUGAUGUAUCAUUAGCCAGCACAAUUACUUAUGACAGUUUUAUGGCAGCCAAACCUGGCAGACUGAGUGGCAGAAUGUUCAAGCAUCCAAAGAAAGUGUCAACAAAAGCAAAGUUUGAACCAAACUUUGAUCCAGCGACUGUCUUCGGCCGAACAGUAAAGGCAACACAGACAUGGUUUGAAGAACCUGCUAUAGAGGCGCAGAUCUCGUGUCCCAUUUGCUUGGAAACAUAUGUGGCCAUGACCAAGACCCCGGUUGCAUUGCCUAGCUGUGGACACACCUUUUGCCGGCCAUGUCUUCAAACGUUAGAGGAGAAGGGCAGUGUGGACUGCCCUUCCUGCAUGACACAUUUGGGUGUUGCAGUGUCAGAGAUCCCAACUCUACAUUCCAUUCUUAGCUUAUCUGAAGUUUAUAGGAAGGCUAAGGCAUCCGGAUCAGUACUGGAGAGAUGCGAGAGCCACGGAGACCAGCUGUGUGUGUGGUGCCGCCACUGUUCGGAAGCUCUGUGUGGCUUGUGCCUUCUGGAUACACAACGCCAUAAGUGCCAUAAGCUCGAGAGGAUCAUUAACAUUGCAGACAUCUAUAACAAUGUAAAGCAACAAGCCAGGAACUUCUUUGAGUACUCUGAGAAUCGACAGAACAAAAUUAUGAAUGAAAUGCACGUCGUCAUCAAGAGGAUUGUCGAGUUGUGUCACAUGAGCAACUCUAUUGAAAGUCAAGUCAAAAUAGUUUCCGAUGUAAUGAAAAAUAAAGGAAAUAAAACUGGAAUUAAGGUUUCAAUGCAAACUUUGAGCAAAUUGGAUGAUGCCCUGAAAUUUUUGCAUCAAGCAACUGACUCCCUGGAUCAAGAGAGUGAAUUAUCCUCACAAGAUGACCAGUUAGUCAUGUCAGCAGAAGGAGUUAAGGAUAUUAUUGAGUGUAAUGAAAUGUUGAAUAUAAAAUUAAGCCAAUGUAACAUUAAUGAAAGCAAGGGAUCUGACAAUGGACAAGGUGCCAUUAGCCAGGUUAAGAGGUCUGAUAGUGGAGGUGCAAGAAUCCAGGUUGAGGAGUGCGACGAGAAAGAAAGUUGCAGUAUCCAGUUUAAAGGGUCUGAGAUUGAGGAAGGUGGCAGUAUUCAGACUAAAGGACCUGAUAAAAGAAGUGGAGUCAGCAACCAGGUGGAGAUGUUGUCACUCGGAUGUUGUGGAAAAACUAGCGAUGGACGUCAGAUGAAUUUGAUGGUAGAAAAUGACCAGCUUCACUUUUGUGCCUUGGAAUACGCUGCACAAGAUGCUCUUAUUACUGUUCAGGUACCAUUGCUGGAACGUUUUCUCUCGAGAGAGAAGCCAGAAGUUUUCUUUGAACUGAGUGUUGACAAUAAGUGCCUGGGACGAGUCUAUAUUCAGUUGUGGGGCGACAUGCGUCGUGCUAAACACUUUCUGGCGCUCUGCCUUGGCACUCUUGGACCAUCUUAUAAAGGCUCCAAGUUUGAUAGAAUAUCCGACUGGAGCCAACCAGGAGAAGUCCUACACUGCAAGGGUUACUCUGAUAAAUCUGGUCCCAGCUCAUUAGGGCUAAUGGACAAUUUAGAAUGGGAUGGAGAAUACAGACAACUUCAGAAAGCUGGACAACUCAUUGCCUCGGGAGGCGGACAAGCUGAAAAAGAUGGUAGUUUUGGUAUAUGUACGAAAGAUAACUUGUUUAAAACCUUCUCCUGUCCUUUUGGUAUGGUGGUGUCGGGAUUGGAUGUGGUGCGUGAGGCUGUUAAUCACGUUGGAGAUGUUGUGGUCUCAGAGGUUGGUGCUGUUGCUGUCGAUAUAUUGCACUAGUGUGAUGGAUGUGCUAUUACAGCUGGCCUCUCUUAGCUAGUAUACUUAUACAUUUCAUGAGUUUUAGAAGGAAAAAUACAUUGGUUCAAGAAGGCAACACAAGAUGCAGUAAUUGCUAUUUUUUACCCUAUCUAGACUUUUUUUUUAUCCAGGUAUGGGGACUAUUCCAUCGCAAAUACAUUCCAUCAUUAAAAACUAAUAUAAACUGAUACAAAUCAUUCCGGAAAUCACCAACUUUGGGUACCAGGAUGCAAAGGACUGAUAUUUCUUUGAGCAAGGCUUGAUAUGGCUGAUUUCAAAACAUUUAAGAUACUUGUAGUGACUAAAAUGUAUAACUUUAGUCCAACACUUCAGGAUAGUUCCAUUGUUCCAGCCAUGGAAGCCUGUUAGGCAAGCUUAUUAUAGACCCUAUCCAAGAGCAGGGCUGUCCAUGCAGUCACCUAACCAGUUACUGGCCAGAUCCAACGAUAUUUGAUGCACAUAUCCUUAAGUGUGCCACUCCAAAGGAGAUAUGAAGAGAUUAUUGUUCUCUUGAAAAGUAAUAAAUUAAUAAAGUCAAUGCACUACAGCCAUCAUAGUAAGGACUGUAGUAUAAUAUAGCUUACAAAUGUAUCUUAAGAGAUAGUGGCCGCCAGCACUCUUAUGCCAUGCCUGAAGAAUGGGUGUAUGCCAGCCCUGCCAUGCCCAAAGAGUGGGUGUAUGCCAGCCCUGCCAUGCCCGAAGAGUGGGUGUAUGCCAGCCCUGCCAUGCCUGAAGAGUGGGUGUAUGCCAGCCCUAUCAUGCCAGAAGGGUGGUUGUAUGCCAGCCCUAUCAUGCCAGAAGGGUGGUUGUAUGCCAGCCCUAUCAUGCCAGAAGGGUGGUUGUAUGCCAGCCCUACCAUGCCCGAAGAGUGGGUGUAUGCCAGUCCUGCCAUGCCCGAAGGGUGGGUGUAUACCAGCUCUGUCAUGCCUGAAGAACAGGUGUAGCCUAGCCCUGUUAUGUCUGAAAACCAGGUGUAUGCCAUCCUAUCAUGCCUUGCAUAAAGAACAAAUAUAUAUGAACAUUUAUCUAUUGGUUGUCAUAGAAAAUGAAGUACAUGGAGAUGUCUUGCAGGGCAUUUUCUGCUUGGAAUACUGUUGUGAAGAAACAAAAUGCUAAAGUUUUAGCAUGACAUGUUAGAAUAUAGCACUGGGCAUUUCUCGCUGUCUCAAGGCUGACUGAAGGGGCUUUUCACAAAACUGGACAUAUCUUUAGUGUUGUUGACUUGAUUAGUAAUCGUUUUGUUUUUGCAUAUGCUGUAUUGUGGUAUUAAAUAUUUCUUUAUUGUCCGAGUUUCCCUUGAGAUAGUACGUUGAAUGAAUUUUUAUAAACAUUUUGUUGGUCUUUUUUGUUGAUGAAUGGUUGCUUACAAAGAAUGGGUAGAUGCUUAACUCUAAACUGUUCUAACACUAUUGUGUAUUUUAAAAGGUAUCUAUUUUCAUCCAACACUGAAAUGCAUACAUGCCAACUUGUUAAGUGUUGUCAUGAUAGAGGAAUUCCAGGACUAAAUUCUUAGCAAAUUUUUGCAGUCAUUUAAUUGUAUAAGGUCACCUGCUAGAUCUAAUAAGCUGUAAUUUUUCUACCAUAAUCACAUUAUAAGAUUAUUCUGAAUAAUUGCUUCAUGAUGUGCUUGCAUUCAAAUGCUAAUGCUGCCAUGCAAGUAGACUGUAUUGAAGUUAAGCUCAGCUGUGCCUAUAGCUGUAUGAUGGAGCUUCUUGAAUGAUUGGUUGUGUUGCAAGUGCUUGAAGUCACAUGUCAGAGGUGCUGCUCACUUGAAUUGCAAGAGUUGGUUUAGUACUGAGAGAUUAGAACACACAGAUAGUCACCAUCUUGGUGUGUGUCAUUAUUACUGGCGAGUGAUAUCCCCAUUAAUCCCCACUGCUUUUGAAGCAUACGCCAUGUCUGUUUGCCGUUGUCAUGCUUGGUAUUACACGUGUCUGGUGCAUGGGUGUUAUUGGUCCCCCGAGUAUUGUUCAGUUUGUUGUUGACCAUUGUUAAUUUAUAUGUCAGUUCUUUACACUAUAACGUCUUUAUACUUAGUAAAUUCACAUCUGGUAGCGUCAUUUUCUGCAGAGACAUCAAGUUUAAGGAUUUAUUUAGUCUAUUUGGGUUGGUUUAUAUGGUUAUAGCAUGUUGGAUUUUUUCAUAUUUAGCUGCCAUCAUCUGUGAGUCGGUGGAAGCUGUAGAAGCACAAAAUGUGGAGCUUGUCACAUGCACACUCUUGAACAAACAUUCCAAUGAACAAACACAAACCUUAGUAAAGCCAAUUAUAUUUCAUGACCAUAAUAAUAAAGUUUAGAUUUAAUGUAUUUAAUGAAGUUGGUACAAUUAAAUUUUUUGUUAUCAGUAUACAAAAUGGAAAUUUGUCAUGGUUUUACCAGUCUUUUCUAAUAAAUAAUGCCUCUGCAAAUAACUUAGUUAAAUCAAUGUGUUCCUGUUGAAUUUAGUUAUUUUUUGGUAAUCUUUCAUUGCUAUUCUGUUGAUUUAAAAAAAAUUCUUCAGUAACAUUAAAUUAAAAAAUGUUUAUCCACUUAAAUAUUAGCCUAACAUUUACUGUAUAAACCCACAUUCAUUUUGCAAACACCUGUACUCUGAGAGCAGUCGUUUAACACUUUCACGCACCCGGCAUCUUAAAACUAGUCCCAUAAUGAUCGGAUAAAAAAUAUAAUUUUAACAAAUAUUUUAAAUUUUGACGCAACAUGCGUCACCAGCAGACAUCCGUCAGUUUAUUUGUUCAUGCAGACUGCGACGCCGCCGGACGAAAGUGUUAAGUAGUGUAAUGGUACUCUUUGGUGACAAACACACAGUAGGGUAACUAAAUAUAUAUAUAUUGAUAUAACUUGGUUAGAGAGGCUGGUGAUGAGUAGUAUGUGGUAGAGAUUGAGGCGUCUGGUUAGGCAGGUUGUUGUAUAUCUGAAGUGGUGAUGUUCUUAACCACCUAUGGAGUGAGGCUGGUUCCUGCUGUGAUUUGGCAGCCUUAUAUUCCUGUCCAAUUGAUCCUGUUUCUAGAUCCAGGCUGCUUGUAAUUUGGUUGAUGGGGGAAAACUGCUUGGCUUCUGUUGGGUAUUAUUAGUAGUUUAUGGAAUGCCUGGGAACAUGUUACAUUGGUAACUGGGGUUGCUGCAGAUUAUCAUUUACAUUACAUGGAAUUCCUUGGGAAAAUGGUUUGAUGUAAUGAGUGAGUGAGAGAUUCUUGGAAAACUUUUAAGUUUUUGCCAUAGAAUUUCUUGGCAUGUGGAAUAACUGCCACAUUAUUGCUAAUGUGGUUGCUACAGUAGCAUUAAGACCUGCCCAGAACAAUUUUGUGGGGACUUUUCAACAGCUUUGUCUAACUAAACAUAUUAUCCAUAUACUGUACUGUAUAUUGUUACUUUCCCUAUUGUAUACAUUUUACAAAUAAAGAGAAUAUAUGUU